UGUUUAUUUACUUGCUCCAAGACGUUUGUUCUGUCCAGCAGGCCCUGCUGAAUACUUAAAAUCAGAUCACUAUCAUUUUAUAUCGACAUAGUAGCUCCAACAAGAAGUAUAUAUCGUUUUGUGCUAAAAUAAAAUACAAGAGCAUCACAAAACGAGAAAAACAAACCAUAAAAUACCUGAAAAUAUAGAAGAAAGUAUAGAACCAUGCACAAUUUGAUCAAGAGUAGCGCACUCUUCAAGAUCCUCAAGAAGCCGUUGCCGGACAAUUACUUUGAGGACAGCGAGGAGGAGGAGGAUUACGAGGAUAUCACCAGCGAGCUGCCGCGUCCGAGUUCAGUGGUGAAGCUCUGUGCCAACGCUCCGGAGUUUGUGCCCCGCUUAAGGAAGCAGGCGCCUAACCAAAGUGAGGAUAAAGUGGAUUUGACUGAAUUAAAAAAAAUGUUCGAGGCCUUGGAUGAGGGAAAGAAGUCUCCAAAAGAGGAAGAAUAUGAAAACAAGGUGGAUUUGACUGAACUGAAGAAGAUGUUCGAGGCUCUCGAUGAACCGAGGUCAAGCAAGUCCAUAAAAACGCUGCCCUGGAAGGGAUUCCCCAAGAGAGUCGAUGGAAAUCCUCGCGGUGCACAGGUGAUUUUGCUGAACGACCUGGACUACAUGAUUGUGCCCCGCAACAAGUCAAACAGAAAGUGGCUAGGGGAAAAACUUUUUAAUCCAGCUGAAUUCAAGGAUAAUAGUGAACCCGAAACUGCCUUUCCCACAUCAUCCACAUCCUAUUUACCAGCUCCCGAUGACAGAGACGAAAAGGCCCAUCAAAGGCGAGUGGAGCAGGAUCGCAAGGUGGCCUUGGAAGCCCUGAAGCUGGUGGAGCAAAGGCGCAUGAGGGAUCCCUUGGUGCCGCCGCCAAAUCAGGCCAAAGACAGCUCAGAGAAACCCCAGCCGGUGGUGCAUCUCUCCCGAUCACCCAUCGGAUUCACACCGGAGGAGAGACUCAAAGUGGAUCGCUUGCGCAUCGCGAAGAGGGAGCGCAUCGAAAAGGCCCUGUUGGAGAUGGAAAAAGAGAAAAAGGAGCAGCAGCGUUUGCAAUUGCAGCAGGAGAAGCGAGUCCUGGCGCCCAAUCUUCAGAGCAGCGUGCAAAAGAAGCCCGACAAGGAGAAGAAGGAGGCGGAGGUGGCCACCAAAAGAUUUAUACCCACCGCCAAGGAGUGGGCCGAGCUGCGUCGGGCCAAGCAGCUGGCCAAGUUGGAGGCUGACAAGGAGAAUGUCAAGCCAGCUAAACCGAAAACUGCUUUAAAAGCCAAUGAGACUGACUUGCCAUCGAAAAGCACUAGAAAAGACGAUCCUGGAUCAUCGCCAGCCAAACUGGUCUCUUCUCCACCGGAAAAACUGCUCGAAGGCGAGAAACGCAGGGGAAAUCUCACCCAUUUCAAGUCAUAUCGCCGGUUCUCCUUCCGUAGAAGUUCUAAGGCUGAUACAACUAUAGUACUCGAGGAGAGCGCAAAAGUCGUACAACGCUACAGCAUGGAGGAACUGCUGCAGCUCGAGCCGCAGCCAGAGGACCUUGAGAAUCCCAACAUUGAUGAGAGCUUCAGGCGAUUUGGAUUUCUGUGCAAUUGAUUUUAUCACAGUUUUAGCACCCUUCAUAAUUAUUUUUCCCGAGUUUGUUUAGUUUCUGUUAGUUUGUUGGUUCAAUUUAGUUCAGUUUUCAUUAUUUGUUAUGAGUUUUCAAUUUAAAAACGAUUAAUACCUUUGGGUUUUCCUAUACAGUUGAUAUACAGUACUAGUUUGUGUUACGUGAUCGAGCUGAAGAUGAAAUGUCAUUCUAAAAUGUAUGUUUUAAUCAAAUAAAUCGUUGUUAGCAGCCUA